AUGUCAUAUGGUCCGUGUGACAUACAAGCUAGUAUUCCGAAUUCAAUGCAUUUCGUAUCGUUUACGGAAUUUUUGGCGGCCUCUUUUGUCUCUGGCAGUGUAACAGUUUCUCGUCAUUUGUGGAUUUCAACAUCGUUGUAUGGCUUUGGAUUAUAUCAGGAAUUGAGGCCUUGUAUUGCUUGGAUAAGAUUAAGGCUUAUAACUCGUACCCUCGUGGCAAUUCUGUUGUUCUUCAAAUGUCGAAAAGACGGUCUUGUAUCGAUUGUGACACAGUUGUAA